AUGGAAGAUAGAACAACAACAACAUCAUCUGCUUUAUUAGAACAAUUAGUAUACAUAGAUAAUUACAUAAAUGGUAAUAAUAAUCCUGGCACAGGCGUCAGUAAUGAUUCAAAUAGUAUAUCAGCAACUCCAAAUUUAGAUUUUGAUGAACAAUUAAGUUUAGAUUUAGCAGCAUUUGCUGAUGAUUCAUUCAUAUUCCCCGAUGAAGAAAAGAAACAACAACAUCCACAACAACAACAACAUGAUGAUUGGAAUAUACCCGAUUUUGAAAAUUUUAAUAGUGAUACAACCAAUACAAAUUCAAAUUUUUUAAAUUUAACUGAUUUACCAAAGUUUCCAGUACCUCCAGGUGCACAACAUUCACUUGAAAAAGUUGGUUUGUCAGCUAAUCAAAUUGACUUAUUAUCUGCUUUAAUUGCUCAACAUUUGAAUAAUCAAGGUGGAAAUCAAAAUCAAGAUCAACAACAACAACAACAUCAACAAUUAUCACAAUCACAAUCACAAUCACAAUCUCAAUCUCAAUCUCAAUCUCAAUCUCAAUCUCAAUCUCAAUCUCAAUCUCAAUCUCAAUCUCAAUCACAAUUUGCAAUACCUUCAUCUUCAGUCUCACCUAUAGAUAUGUUAAAUAAUAAUCAAUAUAGUCCAAAUCCAAUCGAUGAUAAGAAAAGAAGAAAUACAAUGGCAAGUGCAAGGUUUAGAAUAAAGAAGAAAUUAAAAGAAAAAGAAAUGGAAAAGAAGAUAUCUAGUUUAACCCACUUGAUUUCAAAUUUGGAAAAUCAAUUAAUUAAUAUUGAAACUGAGAAUAGAAUAUUGAAAAAUUUAAUACUUCAAAAGAAUAGUGAUAAAAGUAAUAAUGAAUUGAAAAUGUUGAAAGAAAAGGUAAAAAAUUCAAAUAACAAUAAUAGGAACAAUAGUAGUUGA